UGCUGGAAAAGAUGGCGGAAGUCGACGAGUCCAACAAACCUCUAUUCGCUGGCUUGUCCGACGUUUCCAUAUCAGAAGAUAUUCCUGUGGAGGGUGAGAUAAGCGUCCCUGUCAACUCUCAGAACCCCGACGAUGAGUUCUCCACCCUGGAUGAACCGGUCAAAGACACGAUUCUGAGAGAUCUGAGGGCAGUUGGAAAGAAGUUUGUCCAUGUCAUGUACCCUAAGAAGAGCUCAGCACUGCUCAGAGACUGGGAUUUAUGGGGACCACUGCUGCUUUGUGUUACACUGGCCCUGAUGUUGCAGGGCGGCUCUGCGGACAGUAAGGAUGAUGGGAACCCACAGUUCGCUGAGGUCUUCGUCAUCAUUUGGUUCGGCUCCAUAGUCAUCACCCUCAACUCCAAAUUACUGGGCGGAACCAUUUCUUUCUUCCAGAGCUUGUGUGUGUUGGGUUACUGUAUCCUGCCUCUGACUGUGGCCAUGCUGCUCUGUCGCCUGCUUCUCAUGAUGACGCCGGAAAAAGCAAACAAUGCAUUUGAAUUGAUUGGUUUCAUUCUGCGGGUUGUUGUAGUCACAGCCUCCUUCAGCUGGUCCACAUAUGCCUCCACAGCGUUUCUCGCAGACAGCCAACCAGCCAAUCGGAAAGCUCUGGUGGUCUACCCAAUCUUUUUAUUUUACUUUGUGAUUGGUUGGAUGAUUCUGACUUUUGCAACUUCCUCUUAACACAAAGACACAAUUUGGACUGAGAAAAAAAAGUCCUCUUCCUCACCACGCCUCCGGAGGGAGGGAUGUGGAGGGGUCAUGAGGGAAGUAGAGAAAGAAGAGAAUGAACACUGGAGCAGUGACUGUGUGGUGUUCUGUUGCUUAAUUCAUGUUCCGUUUCUGGUGUUGGGAUCAGCACCAUCAGCACUAUUGUCACAGAAUGCAAUGCACUCACUCGUGUGUGUGUGUGUGUGUGUCUGCGUGUGUGUGUGUGUCUGCGUGUGUGUCUGCGCAUGUGUGUGUGUGUAUUUCAGAACCAGAUGGGAAAUUAAAAGCGUGUUUCAUUUGUGAGUAAGCAGAAUUAUGAUGUGUAGUGUCAGAGGAGUAUCGUGUAUGGAGGAGUAUCGUGUAUGGAGGAGUAUCGUGCAUGGAGUUUGUGACAUGCUUUGUGUUCGGUCAAUUGAGCUGGUGGACUGACUGGUGGCCCAGAGGGAAAGUAUAUGUUUUUUGGUUUUUUGUUUUUGUCUUUGUUUUUUGUUUGUUUUUUCAUUUUGGGUUUAUUCUUUUCUGUAUUUUACACAUUUCUGUUUUGUCCUCAUUAAUGACAAGGAGUUUGCCCUAUUAUGGUGUGUUUCUCAUGUUAAGGUAAAGGAAAUGUCAUUCUAAAGUGUAAAAUGAAAGAUUUAAAAUCAAACUAAUGAAGUUGAGAAUUUACUGUGUAAUCAUAUUGUAAAUGUCAGAUGUGUAAAACGACCAGCAGUGCUGUUGGCUGUUUUGUGUGAGGGGGCUUUCUGGCUGCUGAUAGCACCUUCUAUCUUUAUAUCUGAGCCAUGCUGGUGGCAGGAUGAAGGUUUUUCAUAUUAAA